UGCUAUCAGUAUCCUCGAAAGUUCGCCUUGUGUACUGGCGCAACGUCUUUUGUAUAGAAAAGUGAAACGCAGAAGGAUCACCAUGAAAGGCGGCAUCACGGCAUUGGUUCUUUUGACCAUCCUUAUCUCUUCAGCUACCUUUCAGUGUGGUGCGAGCAGUGCUGAAGAACACGCUCCUCACAAUGUUAUGGCUACCGUAAACGAAACCGUGUGCGAGAGCGGAAUCUCGGACACGCCCGUCAAAGCCUUCGUCAACUGGGAUCCCCCGCGAACCUUCAUCAGCCCGAUCAAGGCAUACGUCAUUCACUUCGUCACGGCCGCAACGCAUCGACAUCCAGAUUCGCGUCCCUCCCAACGUGACGCACCGAGUCGUGGACUUCCGUCGAGUGCUGGACGGUGUACACUCUCCGAGUCGAGGCCGUGUAUGAGAACGGAGUGUCGGCAUUUCUCUCGCGCGGUGCUCUACUCGACGGGAAACCAAGCAUACAUUGUUCCUGCAGAGGAAACGACAACCACUCUCUCAAGCGUAACGGAAGACAAGUCGACUGUCACUGACCAGCCGUCUUCAACCACGACAGAACAAAGAACCGCAAAAGUGAUCCUCACCACAGAGCACAUCUCAACAGCGAUGGUCUCCAGCACUGAACACAGCGAAGCGACAAAAGAACCUCACUACAGCAGCACCAUUUCGAAUGACGCGGAGCCCAUUUCAACUGGCGUUUCCACCUCAACGAUCCUUUGCGCCGUCCUCAUUCCACUGGCGAUCAUUGUAAUUGCUGGUCUUCUCGCCUUCGGCUACAAAAAGUACAAGCAGUCCGGAGGGGAAGGCCUCCUGAGUACCAGUGACAGCCCUUGAAGCAGUUCCCGAAAGCGAGGUGCAGGAAGUGUUCCACGCCUGUAGGCCGCACGGAUGAGCUUAAAGAAUAGAUAAUCAAAGCUUGAUAAUUGUGUUCUACGCAACGGCUAAGUGAUAUACCACAAACCAUUAAGGCAUAUAUUGACAUCUAA